AAGAAUAACCCCUCCUCCUUUCUCUGGUGGUGACUUUAUUAAUGCAGGUGGCAGUGAGUGAGUCGGAACGAGUCAACGUAGCCAGCUAGCUUCGCCGCCAGAUAAGUUGAUAUGAAUAUCACUCGACGGUUCAUAAGCAAGUAGAUUAGCUAUCUUGCUCAUUGGCUACCUAUCUAAAGUAAUUAUACGGGUACUGUAGCACUGUGAGAUAUUGCUAGAUCGUUAGCAUGCUAGUGCAACCACACAUCAGCAGGUAGGUAGCUAGCAUUAGCGAACUAUUAAGGAAGCCACUGUUUCCAUCUUAACUGAGGAUUUCACGGCGGAAAAAAUAGAAUUGUUAUCAGUGAAUCCGCGCUCUCAAACCAAAUCAGAAAUGUGGUCGAAUCCUCAGAACCAGAACCAACCGGCGUUUCCGAACCAGCAACAACAGCAAGUGCCAAAUCUGAACUCUGCUCCCUUUCCUCCGUUUUUCGCCAAACCCCACAACCCUCUUCAAAUAAAAAAGAAUGCCAUAACUGACGACUACAAAGUUACAAAUCAAGUCCUUGGCAUGGGCAUCAAUGGGAAAGUAUUGGAAAUAUUCCAAAAAGGAAGUGGAGAUAAAUACGCUCUGAAGAUGCUGCAGGAUUGUGCGAAGGCUCGUCGGGAGGUAGAGCUCCACUGGAGGGCGUCGCCCUGCUCUCACAUCGUACGCAUCAUGGACGUCUACGAAAACCUCUACCAAAGCAGGAAGUGCUUGCUCAUCGUCAUGGAGUGUAUGGAUGGAGGUGAGCUAUUCAGCCAUAUUCAAGACCGGGGGAACCAGGCAUUCACAGAAAGAGAGGCCUCUGACAUCAUGAAGAGUAUAGGAGAAGCUAUCCAGUACCUGCAUGCCAUUGACAUCGCUCACAGAGACAUUAAGCCAGAAAAUCUGUUGUACACUUCCAAAAAACCAGAUGCACUCCUUAAACUAACCGAUUUUGGGUUUGCCAAAGAAAUCACGACACUCAACUCCCUGGCAACGCCAUGCUACACCCCCUAUUAUGUUGCCCCUGAGGUUCUUGGUCCAGAGAAGUACGACAAAUCCUGUGAUAUGUGGUCUCUGGGUGUUAUCAUGUAUAUCCUGCUGUGUGGAUAUCCUCCCUUCUACUCUAACCACGGCCUGGCCAUCUCCCCUGGGAUGAAAAAGCGCAUCAGGAACGGACAGUACGAGUUCCCCAACCCAGAGUGGUCUGACGUGUCAGAAGACGCCAAACAGUUGAUCCGUCACUUACUGAAGACUGAGCCCACCCAGAGGAUGAGCAUCACAGAGUUCAUGAACCACCCCUGGAUCAAUCAGUCUAUGGAGGUCCCUCAGACCCCUCUCCACACCAGUCGUGUGCUGCAGGAGGAGCAGGACGUCUGGGAGGAGGUCAAGGAGGAAAUGACAAGUGCCCUGGCAACCAUGAGAGUGGACUAUGAGCAAAUCAAAAUCAAGACCAUCGAGGAUUCGACCAAUCCGCUGCUGAUUAAGAGAAGGAAGAAAGCAAACAAUGCAGCCACUAAACCACCGGGCCUGUGAAACAAAAUACACCGCACAUACCCUUCCAUGCGGUGAAAGAGAGCUGAUAGGGCAAACAGGGAUUAUUAAAGGGUGACAGUCUGAAUCUCCAGAAAUAUUACUUUUCCAGUUCUUUGAACCUCCUUUUUAGUUGUUUUAUUCUCAUCGUUUUUACCCCAUUUUAAUGUUUUUUUCCCCCACCUUGCUAUUCUAAAGAACCAUUUUUUUUUUGUUGCUUUUUUGUCCACAUAGAGAUCAGAUGUUUAUCGUCACGUCUCGGUGAUGUACUGGGUUUUUCUGUCGUUGUUGCUGAUCACUGCAAGCUGACUGCACUGUAACUAAUCCAGUAUCUUGACCCAGCUCUGUUCUGUGUUUUAUCAUUGUUGAUUCCCCUCGGUAUUGGCCACAUGUUUUUCUAACUUUAUCUGUGGGUCUUCAGAUGAUACUGCCAUGAAAACAUUGAAUGCUUCUCCAGUUAUACUGUGGAUCCAUAAUAUUUUUCUGCUAUGCAAUUGGUUAACUCUACACAAUGGAGGAAGCAACACUUUUCUUUAUGUUUAAUUGGAUGUCCUUUAGUUUCUUCCUCCUUUAGUUGUCAUUCAUUUUAUAUACUUAUUCACACCUCACACCAACAAUAUACAUUGUCUAUUUGUUGUGUGGGGUUUUUGUUGCCCUGAACUCUCUGAUUUUGUUUUGAUUGGACUUCUAAGUUGUAUGACUGCAGUUGACUGUGUUUUCAUUGUUGGUUGGGUUUGAUUUCUUAGCCAACGCACCCAUAGCCAAAGUUAGAGUCACCAUAUUUUUUUAGAGUGGACUGACUGUUUAGAAAGACUGUGCCUUGAGGACAUUGGGAAAAAUCCUUACUUGAUAUUUGUGCUCACAGCCCAACUUUUCACACAUCUAUCUCCCAUUGAGGUUAUAUGCAUGAUUGACACAAGUUCAAGGUCUGUGCACUAAUCUCAAAUUAGUUUUUUUCCCGGUGUGAUGACAGUGGGGGAAUAUUCAAGCCACUUUGGCAGUAGCAAAUGUACAUUGUGUUAUCAAAUAUCCAAACCGUGAGAUCACAAAAUCACCACAUCCCACAGAUGUUGUAGCCUACUUCACAAUUAUCCUGAUUGCAAUUGUUUAAAUAUAUUUUCAGUGAAUUCCCACUAAUGAACUAUACAACAUAAGUGUCACUUAGUUUCCACGCAGCAGCAAUAAUGUUUUGGGUUUCUGCUGUGUUAGGUGAUGGGGAACACUGAGUGUAAGGGCACCAUUGUUAUGCAUAGUGGUAUGGCAGUACAUAUAUGACAUGUAGCACUGGCUGUCUUUUGGAUUAAAACUUGUAUAAAAUCCCUUAUCCGCUCAAAUGUGUUAAUUGAUGUGUGACUGGUGGUGUUGUGCCACAAUCCCAAAGUAGCCUUGAUGUCAAACUGUGGCAAUGCAGGACAUUAUCCUGUUUGUGCAGCCAUGUACCACCAUCUGCUGUCAUGGAGAUGGAAAGACAACCUCUUAUACAGUGCCUUCAGAAAGCAUUCACAAUCCUUGAUUUUUUUUUGCUAACACAAAAUAAUCAUGUCAAAGUGCAAGAACAAUUCUCACUUGUAAAAAAAAAUAAGUCUUUCUGGUUGGGUCUCUUAAGAGGUUUCCAACAUUUGCACAUUUAUUUAUUUUUUUAAUUCUUCAAUCAUUGUCAAGUUAGUUGUUGAUCAGUGCUUGACGAUCAUUUUCGGCCACUCGGGACAAUCACUGUCUUGGUAAGCAACUCCAGUGUAGAUUUGGCCUUGUUUUAGGUUAUUGUCCUGCUGAAAGGUGAAGUCAUCUCCCAGUGUCUGUUGCAAAGCAGACUGAACCAGGUCUACUUCUGGGAUUUUACCUGUGCGUAGCUCCAUUCUGUUUUAUCCUGAAACUCCCCCGUCCUUAACGAUUACAAGCAUACCCAUAACAUGAUGCCGCCAUCACUAUGCUUGAAAAUAUGGAGAGUGGUACUCGUGGUGUUUGGGGAAAAUCCAAUACAUUAACAACACAUUGUAUUCGGAACAAAAAGGAAAUUGCUUUGCCACAUUUUUUGGGGCUUUAUAACUUUAGUGCCUUAAUGCAAACGGGAUGCAUGUUUUGGAAUAUUUAUGUUUUGUACAUGCUUCCACCUUUACACUAGUAUUGUGGAGUAACUACAAUGUUGAUCCAUCCUCAGUUUUAUAUCACAGCCAUUAAACUGUUUUAUAUUCAC